CAUUCAAACGGUUCUUUCAGAAAUGUAUGCGUUUUUUAAAACUUUUAUAAAUGUAUAUUUGUAGUCAAAGGAUAAUCUGGUUUCACUUGGCUAUGCCACUGGGUAUAGCACACAAUUUUGCACAUUUUAUGUGACUAAUUCAAAUUAAUCCAUAACAUAGCAGUAAAUUUAACCAUUAAAGUCAUUACAAAAAUGAAAAAUAAAAUGCUCGGACUACUCGACGCUAGAGUGGAAAAGCACACAGCAUCAUCUAAUUGAACCAGUUGUCAGGUGCAGUUCAUUACGGUCAUCACGGAGAGGAACGGGAAAAACUAAAGAAGGAGGGAUUUAUAUCUUAUCAAUGUGGAAGUAAUCUUUUAUACAAGACGGAUUUUAUAUACUUCUAGUGUUUGAGUCUAAACAGAACUGAAGGUUGAGUUUGCACAUAUGCUUUUGAAGCGAUGAUGGAGAUGAACUCAGGUCAGAUGUCUCUGAGUGAGAUACUGCAGGUUCAGGAUCAGCCUGUGAGUGAGGAGCAGGCUUGGGCUCUGUGUUAUCAGCUCUGCUCUAUACUCUCACUUCACUCCAGUGAGAAACAAUGGAAAACUGUCGUGAUUCCUGCGGCCGAUGGUGUUUUAUUCUCUAGGGACGGCAGCAUCUCUCUCCGGGUGAUCAACAACACAAAGUUCGGUAAGAGUUUUGUGAUAGAGACAGAGGAACAGGCUGUCGAGUUUGUAGGCCGUUUUGUCUACUCCUGUCUGGACUGGGGUCUGGAGACACAGGUCGAGCGUGAAUUAAAUGAGAUGUUAGAGAUCCUGGUGUGCCAGAUGACCAAAGUGAACCUCGGUCACACUGCUGGUCACUGCUUUCAAACCAUCUGCAGCCUGUCUCAUGUCAUCCAGGUUUGUAAAGAACGUCUGUAUGAUCCAAGUCAGGCCGCUCAGCAUUACAAGAGUGUGUGCUCCACUCUGUUCUUGCACACCAUUGAGUUGUGUAAUUAUCUGCAGAUCGUUCAACAAUCCAGAGAGAGUCUGCAGAAACUCAUAUUGGAAUCGGAGACCAAACUGGUUGCAGCAGUGACAAAAAAUUGGGUAUCUCCAUGGAAAGAUUUAGUGAAUGAGUUAAGCAGGGGUGUAGUGUUGCGGCCAUCAGGAAAGAGGCCAAGUGCAAAUAAAUGUCCACUGCCAAUGGACACUCCUCCAUUUAACCAGCUUCUGCAGGACAUUCAGUGUAGGCGAUACACACUGCGUAAUGUUCAGGCCACUGGAAAUGGGCAAAGAACACAAGACCCUCACCAGACUCUACUAGAAUAUAUCCGCUCGUGUCCGAAACUACGACCAGUGUCUGAGCGUAAGAUGGGACUAAAGCCCAAAGAGCAGAGCUGUCUGCACGAGCUGCUAAUGCAGGAGAUUCGCUCGACCAACCACUGCAAGCGACUUUCAUCACACAACAGGGGGCCAACUGAUAAAUCGGACAGCUUGACCAUUACUGAAGAAACUGAAGAUGCUUGUUUUCAUCCGAAGUCAGUUGAGCACAGGAUGCCUUCUGAAGAAACUGUAGGUUCAGGAAGUCAUCUGAAAGAUGCCAGCUUUACAGACUUAAGAGUCUGCACAGGCAAGCGUCGGACCAGAUCUUUUGCUAGCAACAAGGAUCUCUUUAAAGUGGUUAAGAGCACCAAGAAGGGGUCUGUUCUUACAACGAUUGUUGACGUCAUGAAAAAGCACAGUUCUUAUGAAGGAGAUGCGAAGAACAUGUCAUGUGAUAAAUAUAGCGACUGUCGGGUUUGUUCAUGUUGUGCGACGAGAAGCCUUUAUUUCACAUGGCAUAACAUCUGCUCUCUGUGUAAUAGGGUUAUUUGUCCUGGCUGUUGUGUAGAGAUGCGUUUGCCCUCCAAGUGGUGCGUAAACCUUCCGCUGAGCUUCUUCAAGCAAAUUGUAAUGAAAGAUGGUGAGCAAAGCCAGAGAAACUUCUGGAAUGAACGCUGGUCCUGGGAUUCAGCCUGGAUUCCUCUGGUUCUGAUGUCUUGCGGGUCUAACUCAACGUCUGUGCACAGUCUUGCUAUGAGAGACUGGUAUAGUCAGGACAUCUGUGUAGGCUGCCAGAAGAUCUUAAUGAAGACAUGUGACUCUGUGCUGUCCACCUGUCCCAUCAAAGACUCACAGGAGAUAUGACCACCCAGUAUUUUCAUCUCUUUUUGUGUUCAUGUAUUCAUAUUUAUCAGCGCGGUGUAUGUUUUUUGAUUGUUGGGUUGGCUGUUCAUAGUCUGGCGUUAUGCUCGUUCUAAA